CUCACCGUGCUCCGUCGGCCGCAUCGUCCCCGCGUCGAUGUUCAUGUACGGGUCGAUCUUAAUCGCCGUGACCUUCAAGCCCAGCGUCUUGAGCAGCAACCCCGUCGAUGAGGCUACGAUCCAUUGGUCCCCAUCCUCACGCGACGCGAAGCACAGCGCACGCACCGAUGACACCCUUCCCGAUGCCGCUCACGACACCUCCCGAGACGAGAAUGUACUUGGUCAUUGCUGGCGACGACGACGGCGAGCAGCAGCGAGGGUAGGUGAGUGCGAGAGCAGAGGCGCGUCGUGCAAAUUUUUAUUCAAAGCGCGUCGCGAUCAUUGUCGAUGAUUAGGUCACGUGCGGGAAAGACAAUGGCGCGCGAGCAUCUCCCCGGAGGAGUGAGUUGUGAUUGGUGGCUAGCGCCUCUGGCGCCCUAGGCGCCCCGUAUUAAGUGACUGUACAAGUAUUCUACGUGAGUU